GAAGUCAUGGCGGGGGUUGGUUUCUCUGCCCUGUUGCCAUUGCCCUGACAUGAUCUAGUUUCACUAAAAAGAAAAGGCAAAUUAAAGUGGUUUUGGGUCCAACAAAAUAUAUUGUGCGACCCAAAAAGAGAUGUUUCAUUUGGGGGUAGGGGGGGAGGAGUAUUUCCUUUUUUAAAAAAAUAAAAGCUUGCUACAUUUUGAAGCAAAACAUUGAUUGGAAAUGAAACAUGGAAAUGUUUCUUUUUGCAAAUGUGGAAACAAUAUUUUUCUUGCUGCUGCUUUGACCAAAAAGGCAUUUUUUUUUCCCCAUGAAACAAAAACAAAAAAAAAGUUUCGGCCUAAAAAUUUCAUCCAGUCCUCACCAAAAUUUCCCCAGGAAGGAAAAAGGGAAUAACAUGCUAUUCACUUCUGUCCCUGGCUCCUUGUUCAGGGAUCUCUCAAAUCUAACAGAUUCGUGGCCAAGCAUUUGGGCGGCUUCACAACAGGUGUUGGCACAGGGCACCCAAAAGGAAAUCACUUCUACUGCCUCCACCUGCGGCACCUGGGGUGAGGGGCUGGGAAGCCCACCCCAGGGAAAGCACGGAGUGGGAGGAAGCUGCAGGGAGCGGGGAAGGGAUGGCUGACAGCCACAUCUGGAAAAGGGCACUGCAGGCCGUCCCCCCGGCUCGCGUGCAUCAGCGUAGUGGCUUCGAAGCCAAAGGGACAAUUCCCAAACUGGUGCAAUUCCAUAUUAAAGAUAAUGGAGCGACAUCGAUUGAUAGCAGCGGAGGAUCUGGCCCUCCAAUCCUAUUUGCAGGGUGAGAAAGGCAGCCGGUCCUCCUCCUGCAUUUGCUCCUGGAGAGGAACCCAGACGUCUCGUAUCUGGGUGGGUCGCAACCCACUUCAUUCACACCGUGUUGGUGAAAAAAGGAUGAGCCAGGCAGCUGUUUGCUGCAGUUUCUACCUCCAAGGUUACUCUGCAAGUGAGCAGAGGAUGGAAAUGCUCAAGGUGAUGAGCUCUUCCAUCACCUUGAGCUCAUCAGCAGUCCAGAGACAAAGAAGUCACAGCAGAGUCUUGGAGCCCCACGGGGGAUUUCAGUCCCCGGAGCUGUCUGCCCUGCAUCAGUUCCUCUGCUCCGUCCCGGUCUGAAGCCCUAAAACCUGAAUGCUCGCCUCCUCCCGGCAUUGCCCACGACGCCUCCAUACCCAUCCAGCAGAAGGAGGAUGUUCCCUGGGGAAGUCCUCAGUGAUGCUGCCACCUGCGUUCAUUCCUCGGCCCCUCCAUGCGCCUUGAGGGUGAAGUCCCAGGACCCCGGAUUCGCCGGUCCUGUGUCCAGGGAUUUCUGCCGGGUGUUUUCAGCUGGUCACCUCUGUUUUAAAACUCUGACCUCUACCCCCUUGCCUGUUGUAUCAUUUGGCACUCCCUUUGUGGACCGGUCCUUCCUCCUUUGAAAGAGCCGGGCCGUCUUCUCCAGUGGGCUCCCCGCAUCUUGCCACGACUUCAAAGAGUCUAUACCUGCUCCUCCGAUCUCACCCACGGUCUCAGAGACAAAGCUGGAGACCCCACCAUGGCAGUGGCCAAGAUGAUCCUUCAUGUGUCCAUCAGGACAAAGCGAGGGAGGGGAUCGCUGCGACUGGGGGCUGUUUUCUAGUCCCUUCUCCAUACACACAGGUCAGCAACAAGCCUCAAACAAGAGGACGUGCUUAUGACCAUCAAGACCCCCUUUUUUUUGGCUUUGUCUGAAGUUCCCUGCUGCUUCUGGAGGCCUCACUUCAAACCUGAGACCUGCUCUCCCUUCCCUGUAAUCAGUUCAAUGUUGGGUCCGGCGGCCCUGCCCUGAGAAGCUGUGCCCUUGGGCUCCUCCGGCCAUCCUAGGAUAUCAAUAGGACCAGCCACAACGAAAUCCAGAAGCUGGAAAUGAACCUUUAAAACUAAAGAAAACAAGAAAUGGCUGGAGAAGUGUGUCUGUAGGCUGCUCGGGACAGCUAUUUUUACCCUGCUUUGCUUUUCUACUUCCUUAUACUUUUUUUUUUUGCACCUCUAAGCCUCUCUGUUUACCAGGCUAAUAAGGCAAGCCCCAGGUCACUAGCUCACCGUCAUCUGGCUUGCGUGUUUUCACCUGUGCCCAGCCCACCUCGCUCAAAUAUGCAAAGCUAUUAUGGAAAGCAGACGCUUUGCUCUCAAGCUACCAGCCAGACGCCUGGACACUUGCACCUGCGGCAGGUGAAAGUCACCUUGCCCCGAAUUCUCCCGGGGGCUGCGCCAGGGAGGCCUUCUCUGCCAGGAGCUCGGUCCCGCUCGGCAAUCAUUAAUCAGAUUCUUUGCAUUCCUGAGUCCUAGCCUGCUAUGGGAAAAUGAGCCAGAGGGUUCAGGUAAGCCAGGACUGGCAGUCAGACAUGCAGCUGGCGGGGAAGCUGGCGCUUUCUGCAGCAGCUCUGCUCCUCCUCACUUUGGCUUACAAAAUCUACAAGUCCCGAUCGACUGCCAGCGUCCAGGGGAAGGGGAGCGUAAAAGCUGAUACCGCCAACGUGACGGGCCCAAGAGCAAAUGCAGGCCAGGAUGGAGCAGAAAGUGCCGAUGCCAGAGAACGGCCCCCAGAGCUCAGGUACAGGCAAGCCAGCAGCAACGGGGUGAGGCGGAGCGGCAGCAAAGCGAAACCGAGUGCGUGCCUGGGUGCAAAGGUAACGACGGGACCACAAAGCGCACCUGGCGGGAGAGUUCAUAGUCUGCCGGACAGGGGGGAGGAGGAAGAGGAGGGAAGGGAGGGGAGUCAGCUGGUCUCCGAAUCACAGCCGGGUGGAAGGAAACCUGCUUCGGAGGCAGAGGGACAUGCUCCAGGUGCGGGCCGAAGAGCUGGCGCAGGGGCGAGAGCAGAUGGGGCAGCGCAGGCGGUGCCAGCAGCGGGAGGCGAGCUGGGAGGUAAGCAAAACAGUUGCAAUCAGCUUGGCCCAGCCAGAAAACUGCCCGGAUCGAAAGGGGACAGCGCUGGGCCUGGCCAGGAUCUAGUUUCUCUGGGAUCUGGGCUUUGCCUUGGCCCGGAGCACAGCUCCUGCAACACGGUGCAGCCAGCCAGUGCUCCCGAGCUCCCAGCAGGUCCCAGCCCCGACACAGAGAAGGAGGCAAGAGCAGGAGACAUGAGUGACAGCUCGGCCUGGGUCCCGGAGGCCCAGGUGAGCAGGGAGAGGCUCCAGACCCUCCACGUGGCUUCAGACUUGGGCUUAAUGGUAAACCAAAGCAACAAGAGCGCGGACACCUCCUACACUUUCUCCUCCACCUCCAAGAUACAGGUGGAGGAAAACUAUAUUAAAGAGGCUGGAGACGACAGGCGGGGGCAGCCCGCAUCCUCUGCCUCCAGCCUGCGAGGGAAGGUCUAUGACUAUUAUGUCCAGUCUACCUCCCAGUCUGUAUCAAAGAAAAGGCCCUGCACAUACCCUCCUCCAGGCACCCUGUCCUUCCCCAACUCUGCCCAGAUCAGUGAAGAGCUGCAUGACUUUGAGACCUGGCUGCACAAGACCAAGCACCAAGAAACAGCCCCGAGUUCAGCAGAGAGGGAUGGAGACAAAGGGUCGCCCCCGGCAAAUGCUCUGCUUGGCUCGCUGGGACACCCUGCAGAGGGCUCGGAGCCGCCCGGCUGCAGUGAUGCAUCGGAGGCAGCCGGGUCCUUCCCGGGUGCCCAGAAGCCGCCAGGACGCAGCUUCAGCAGGAAAGAGAGUUUCCUCCAAAUUGCAGAGAACCCUGAACUUCAGGUCCCGAUGGAGGGAUUUGGGGCUUCGUCUCCCCCCAGCAGAAAAUCAGACUCAAGCCCUUCACCUGCUAAGCCCACCGCCGUCGCUUCCCUGGCGGACUCUAUGCAUGGCCUCCAAAUGGAUGCAAGCCCCGAAGCCAGAGUGGAGCUUGUGGCUGGUGCCAACUUCUUCCAAGUCCCGUUGAGCUUUGAGUCCGCUGUGGACAUCCACUUGGACUUGGGGAACUGCUUCGAAGUCCUGUGCAUGGCGAAGAAGCAGAAACUAGACCAUCUCAAGGACGCGGCUUAUAAGGUCAUGAGUGACAACUACUUACAGGUCCUGAGGAACGCAUCUAUCUACGGGCGCCUGAACGCCAUGGAGAGGGAGCUGAUCCUCCAAAGGAGGAUGAAGGGGAGGAAGUAUGUGACCGUGGCCGACGUCAGCACGCAAGAACGCAGCUUCCACGCCAGCCGGCUCUGUUACUACAAUGACGAAAGCGACGCCUGGUAUCCGCUGGCCCAUAUGCCGCAGGAGGCAGUUUCCAAGGGAUGUGCCCUCUGCAGCAUGUUCAAUUAUGUCUUCGUGGUGGCUGGCUGCGAAGGGGUAGGACGGUACCAGAAACCCUCGAACCGGGUCUUCUGCUACAACCCCCUGACCAAUAUCUGGAGGGAGAUCUGCCCCCUGAACCAAGCCAGGCCUCACUGCAAGCUUGUCGCCUUGGACGGGUACCUCUAUGCCAUCGGAGGAGAAUGCCUCUACACGGUGGAGCGGUACGACCCUCGCCAGGACCGGUGGUCUUUCGCUGCCCCUCUGCCCAACGACACCUUUGCCGUGGCGCACACCGCGACAGCGUGCAACGGGGAGAUUUACGUGACCGGAGGCACCUUGCGCUACAUGCUGCUCAGAUACGUCAGCCGGACAGACAGCUGGAGGGCCAGCCUCACCAGCGGCAGCAAGGACAGGACCACCGAGAUGGUCACCGUCGACGGCUUCAUCUACCGCUUUGAUCUCAACCGCAGCAUGGGCAUCAGCGUCUACCGCUGCGGCAUCAAGGCCAAGCUGUGGUACGAAUGUGCCACGAACCGCAUGCCCUACCCCACCUGCUUCCAGUGCGCUGUUGUCGACAACCUGAUCUACUGCAUCAGCCGCCAGUUCAUCAUCCAGUUCCUGGCCGACUACGUCUCACCACGGUUCGGGGCCAAGGAGUUGCAAGCAUUUCCAUCCCCCAAAGGGACCCUCUUCCCUGUCGUCCUCAUGUUGCCAGACAGAGAUACGGUGCAAACAAGAGUCUGAAAACCCACUUCUUUCCAGUUCUCCCUUUGCCCUGUGUUAAAGCUGAGGCUGUUCAAGGGUGGUCCAUAGAUUCAAGGCAGCUUCCAGAGCCUAAAAUCUGAAGCCCCAAAGCCCAGACCUGAUCCACACCCAGCGUGCCCUGAACUCCAGGGCUAUACAGUCCUAGGUGUAGAGAGAGGAUCCUGGUGUGGAUCCAGAUCUGUAGAGUACAUCUUCUAAGUUCAAGCCCUUCUCUACAUAAAAGCAACCUGAGGUCACAGCAUCCCUCCCAGCGGAAGAGAAAAAGGGAUAAAUUUGGCCUACGGCAUACUGAUAUGCCCACCAAACUCAUCCCACUUGCUAUCGCUCUAUCUGCCAUGGGAGUCACGCACCCAAAGCAGGGGCUGGGCGGGUACAUUUAGUUUGUCAUGUUCAAGCCUAGGCAAAUGUAGAUGCAAAGUAAAUUCAGGUUCCUAGAAAAUAGCCAGCAUGGCCCCUGGGAUUGGGCAAACUCUCUGCAGCAAGACUGCACCUCUCACUGUGCAGUGAUGAGAUGUUUCUCAUCGGUCGGUAAUGAGGAUUAUUUAUCUGGAAGGCAGAUGCAGAGGCCCCUGCUUGGAGGUUUUUUAGACCUGAGAGAAUGAGUGGGAAGGUCAGGAUAUGGCCCUGGCACCCCAAAACACCCAUCCUAGCUACAUCCAAGUGGACCUCUUAUCAGCAGGCUCAGCAGACACUGAAUGGGCUGCAGAUGUCUGCGCUGCUCCAUCAUCCCUAGUCGGCAGCGGGCACUGCUUACACCCACGCUUUGUCCGCUAAAAGCGACUAGAGAGAUGCCUUCAGCCUCCAGGUCUGCUGAACCAAGGCUUUAAAAAAGCAAGAUGAAUUUCAAGAUGUUAGAAAACAAGGGAAGCUUCCAAAAAUAGCCCCAAAUCUCCGACCAAAUUGCAAGGAGUUGUUGUUUCCAUGGAAAACCUCAGCAUGGGAAUCCAAGCACUUACAGGAGGGCUGGAUUCCCCUGUGCAGUCUCUGCCUUUUGGGUUACACCCCAAUAUAUAUACCCCGCCCCCCCCAUACACUUCUCCAUAGCAAGACCUCCAAGUACAAGGGUAUUCAGGGUAAGACAGAGGGGGUACAGCUGGGAUGGCUUUGUCCUCUGUCGUGAUGGGUCAUGGACAGCUGAGUGCAAACUAGGACUGCAGUGGGGUCCAGUGCAUCUCCUGACAACCACAGGAUCCUUUAGCCCCUGCACCCAUUGCCUUGAUAUCUCAAAACAGCAUCCUCUCUGUUUUUUAAGAUUAUUACUAUUAUGACUAACAUGCUUAUAUCACAGCAGUGCCCAGAGGCUCCGAUUUGGCUUGGGGACCAAUUGUUCCAGGGAAAAUACAAACCUGCAGCCUACUGUCAGGACUAGGUCAAGUCAUUUAACCGCUGUGUGCCUCAGUUUCUCCAGCCAUGAAAUGGGAGUAAUGCUACUUCUCUACCGCGCAGGGCAGUCUGAAGCUAAGUUAACUACGUUGAGGUUUGUGAGGACUGGGAAAACCCUUUGAUGCUAGGUGCUGUUUGUGGCUCUUGGGUACUUCUACAGCAACUGAUCCCCUGGUAAUGUUUGGGAAGUACGUGCACUUGGUGUUAAAUAAAAUUAACUUAGACCUGC